CCUAGCCUUUCCUAGCCGCGGCGCUCGGCCCCCUAGCCUUUCCUAGCCGCGGCGCUCGGCCCCCAGCCUGUCCUAUUCGCAGAGAUCGGCCCCUAAGCGUGUCUUAACCGUAGCGCUCCGCCCAUAAAUUUUGAUAAUUUUGUACAUAAAACUAAUAAGUAACAUAGGCAGAGAAUCAGGCCCAGCGAUCGACCCCUAACAAAAAUGCGCAUGAGAAAACAGGAGAAAACGUUGCACAUUGUUGAACCAGUUGAUAGAGAUUUGAAACAAGAUGUUAAUAAUAAAGACGUUAUCACGACGGAACAAGUUAUUUCAAAUAAAGAACAAACUGUCGACAGUACAAAAUUAAAUACCGGGGAAUCUUUGUCGAAACGUCAGAAGAAAAAGGCGGAGAAGAGGCGAGUAUGGAUUGAAUCCAAGGCGGAGAGGCGGAAGGAAGAGAAAGAACGGCGGAAGAAGAAGAUGGCUCGAGUUGCGGAGGAGCGGGGAGGG